GGCCCAGUCAUAAGGCUGUGAAUACUCGUACCUACGCGAGCUCGCGAGCUACGAGACGAGUACAGUAUCGCAACAAUCUGUAGCGAAGUGGCUCUGGUCCCCCAUACAAACUUCAACAACUUGGUCCACAGGUAACCUCAACAAACACCUGGUAACCAUGUCCAUAUGCCAUAAUGGAACCUUUCUGCUUCGCCCUUUCUGAAAAGCUCAAUAAUAUUCCAGUUCAUAUCCGGAUGUUGGUCACCUCCAUUCACCCCGCUAUAGCUUCUACUAACCAUCUUCCAGCAUUGAUCUCGAUGGAGAAAAGGCAGAAACUCCAUUUUCCACGCUGAUACAGAGACCCGAUCUACGGCAUAUUGGAUCAAACCUGAGGUAACCUUGAAAUUGGACUUCCUAGAGUAAUAUGUGGAGUUUGACAAGCUAAGACAGCCCGCAGUUCCCACUCAGACCUCUAUGUCACCGUACAGCUCUGGGCCGAUUCGAAACCCUUGACCGUCCCAAUUCAGACCUCCUAUAAAGCCUUUAAGAAUGAGCGAAGGUAUAUCGAAUUUACACAUUUGCGGCCAAAGGGCAACCUCUGACAGUUUGCAGGUGGAACGAAUGGCUUACUUUACCCGUCCACUACUCCAUCCUACCACUGAGCUCACAGCUUGCCAUUACGGUAUGGGAUUUGUCGCCAACUGGGGGUGAGGGAGCACAGGGACAUGCAGUUCCGUUCGGGGGAACCACGAUAGCGUUGUUCGAUGUCGAAAACCAGCUACAGAAGGGAAGGCAUAAGUGUCACCUCCAUCGAGGAAAAGCCGCAGAUGGCUUGGAUUCGACUACCACGCCUGCAACUCCCCCAAAACGCCGUCGUAAGGGACAGGGAUUCCAGGAACCUGUGAACAAGGACAGCGAAGAAAUGGACAGACUGGAGAAGCUACUCAAAAAACAAGAAAUGGGCGAGAUACCUAAGGUGGAGUGGUUGGAUCAGUUGGUGUUUAGGGGUAGUGAGAGGAAGCGAAUUUCAGCAUCCAACACCUCCGUCAAGAAUCUCGAACGGAAGCGAUCGGAACAAAAUGGCACAUCAUAUACAUUGGACGGUGUCAAGGAGAAUGGGACAAACGGAGAGAGAGAUGACGAUGAUAGCACGGAUGCCUCAAUGGAGGAUGAAAAUUUCACGCUGUUUGUGGAAUUGCCUCGAUUUGAUUUUCCCAUUGUGUUUGUCGACCAUGAGUACCCUCCACCACCAAUCUCUGAAAACCAAAAUACCUCAUCUUCACAAUCCAACAUUAUGCUGAAGCCUCCUCCGGAAGUGCAAUAUGGCCCGGGAAUCAAUGGCUUGGGUGAUGAUGACGACAAUGUUCUCGGUGGACGUCUUGUUCGUAUCUACGAUCCGGAGGCGGGACGAAAGGAUAACCCAGUGGAGAGUAAACACCGUCGACUGGUUAGGAAUCAUCGAAGUGGCGCCAUGGAUCGAGAUCUAAAACCAGACCCAAAAGCCAGAGAUCAACUAAACGCUAUUAUGGCGUAUUCACCAACUCAUGUAUUGUCUCAAAGCGAGAAAGAUAUUGUCUGGAGAUACCGUCAUCACUUGACCCGGGAUAAGAGGGCUCUGACCAAAUUUGUCAAAUCUGUGGCUUGGAACGAGACGAAUGGAGAGGACCGACAAGCUGUUCAGCUUCUUUCGAAAUGGACAGAGAUAAAUGUGGAUGAUGCACUCGAACUUCUGGGACCAAGUUUCGACCAUCCUGCCGUGAGAGCAUACGCCGUUGAUCGACUGAGAAACUCCGAUGACACUGAUCUGGAAUUAUAUCUUUUACAGCUGGUACAAGCUCUCAAAUUUGAACAAAUCUCCCCAGAUUCAGGCGCUACCAAAGAUUCUUCUCUGGCCAAGUUUCUUAUUUCUAGAGCUUCUCAAAACUUCAGGCUGGGAAACUACUUUCAUUGGUACUUGAUGGUCGAGUGCGAUGAUAGGAGUGUAGACCAGCCACCAGAAUAUCGAAAGCUCUUUUCGAAGAUUGAUUAUGAUUUUAUGACCGAGCUUGAGAAAACCCCGGGUGGAAAGGAACAUCGAAAAGUCCUGCUUCGACAGGCCGAGCUUGUUGCGAUCCUUUCUAGGAUUUCAGAGGACACCAAGGCUGCAAAGGAUAUCAUACCACGCAAGGUUGAAAAGGUCAAGCAGUUCUUGUCCGACCCCAAAAAUGAUCUCGUCACGAUAGAUCCACCUUUACCAUUUCCUCUGGAUCCCACAGUUUUAAUUACUGGGAUUGAUUCAACACAGACUCUUGUGUUCAAGUCCUCGUUGUGUCCAAUAAUGGUGACAUUCAAAACUACAACCGCCGCCAAAUACCAGAUCAUCUUUAAAACGGGCGACGAUCUAAGGCAAGACCAGCUUGUCAUUCAGAUCAUCAUCUUGAUGGAUCAAUUACUGCAAAAGGAAAACCUCGAUUUGAAACUGUCGCCGUAUAAGAUUCUUGCAACUGGUGCGACAGCUGGAGCAGCUCAAUUCGUACCGUCAUCAAGCUUGCAAUCCAUCGUUAGCAAGUUCAGAGGCAACACUGUUCUUGCCUACCUGAUAAACCAUAACCCAGAUGCUCAAGGACCUCUUGGGGUUCGGAGAGAAGUUCUCGAUACUUUUGUCAAAUCUUGUGCUGGUUAUUGUGUGAUAACCUACCUACUGGGUGUGGGUGAUCGACAUCUUGACAAUUUACUCCUCGCACCGUCAGGCCACUUCUUCCACGCAGACUUUGGUUUCAUUCUCGGCCGUGAUCCCAAACCCUUCUCGCCCGCGAUGAAGCUCUGCGCCGAGAUGGUUGACGGUAUGGGAGGUCCUAACUCGGAGCAAUACCGACAAUUUAAACAAUAUUGUUUCACGGCCUACACCACCCUCCGGAAAUACUCCAACUUGAUCCUGAAUCUGUUCAGUCUGAUGGUAGACGCGAAUAUUCCCGACAUCAAGAUGGAGCCAGAUAGAGUGGUGAUCAAGGUCAAGGAGCGCUUUCAUCUGGAGUUGACGGAGGAGGAGGCGAUCAGACAUUUCGAUAUUCUGAUUGAGGAUAGUCGAAAUGCUAUUUUGCCGGUUGCUAUUGAUCGGUUACAUGGGUUUGUGCAGGCUUUUCGGCAGUAGAUUCAUUGUUUUGUGGGAUAAAUGGAAUUUCAUGGAUUGGUAGGGAUGGGAGGAGUAUGGAGAGUUGGAGUUCUUUCUUGAGGGUGUGUUAUUGACUGAUGAGUUGCUGGAUGGUUUAGGAUCUACGUGAUUCUUAUAUCACUUUUUUGAGAGGGUAGGAUUUGCGGGUAAUGUAAUCUUGUGGUGGCGUCUUUUUAUUCUCGUCUACACCAUCGGGAAUAUAGGUAUUUAGGUAGACAUUCUAAUUCGGUAAUUUAUUGAGUGUCUGUCUUGCGUAUCCGUUC